UCAAAAGUCAUUGCAGACUUGCAAGCUUCCCUCCCCUACUAUCAGGCGAAUCAUAUCCAUCCACUUACUACGCUGCUAGGCUGCUACGAACAAAAUCCUCCUAAUUAAGACGGGCGUCGUUGGCUUCAAAUACUGGUCUCUCCCCUGUCCAAAAGUCUCUCGAAUCUCCACCCUGGUUCUGCACCGGUUCCAGAAUUUUCUCCCAUUUACAGGGUCUCCCCGUUUCUGUCCGGCGGUUCUGCCGUUCCACUGCUUUUGAUUUCGGAGUGUGAACUUACAUCUUGCUGGAUAAUAAAGAUUGGAUUUUAAGCGAUUUGGGGGUGCUUGCCUGAUCUCCCCCUGCGAGGUACUGCCGGGGGAUUGGAUUUCGGGGAAGUUUUGGUGGUUUGAGAUUCGGCUUGGCCGGAGCAGGAAUGACGAUCGACAUGUCCAUUCCCGGGAGCUCCGGGCUGCUGAACGCUGCGGGGAAGAGGGACAUGAAGUUCUUCAGCAACCCCUACGUGCUUGCGCUCACGGGCGCUGCAGGAAUCGGUGGAUUCCUCUUUGGCUACGAUACAGGUGUCAUAUCUGGAGCCCUUCUGUAUAUCCGCGAUGAUUUUCCAGCGGUCAAGGACAAUUACUUCUUACAGGAAACGAUUGUUAGCAUGGCCUUAGUCGGAGCUAUGAUUGGAGCUGCUGGGGGUGGUUGGAUCAAUGAUGCAUACGGUCGCAAGAAGUCUACUCUUCUUGCUGAUUUGAUGUUUGCUCUUGGCUCACUUGUCAUGUGUGCUGCUGCUGGUCCUUACAUUCUAAUUAUCGGAAGGCUCCUCGUUGGUUUGGGUGUGGGUGUUGCAUCAGUCACAGCACCGGUAUACAUUGCUGAAGCUGCUCCUUCAGAAAUCAGGGGAGGUUUGGUGUCAACUAAUGUACUCAUGAUUACCGGUGGCCAAUUCUUCUCCUAUCUUAUCAAUCUUGGCUUUACUGAGGUGCCUGGAACAUGGCGCUGGAUGCUUGGUGUUGCUGCUGUUCCUGCCAUUAUACAGUUUGUGCUGAUGCUAUUCCUGCCAGAAUCUCCGCGUUGGCUUUACUGGAAGGAUGAGAAGGCAAAAGCUAUUGCCGUCCUUGAGAGGAUCUAUGAAUCCGACCGCUUGGAGGAAGAGGUAGAGCUGCUUGCUACAUCCUCCAUGCAUGAAUUCCAGUCCAACAAUACCGGAAGCUAUCUGGAUGUCUUCAAGUCGAAAGAAUUGAGGCUAGCUUUCUUUGCUGGGGCUGGCCUUCAGGCCUUCCAGCAAUUUACCGGGAUCAACACCGUGAUGUAUUACAGCCCCACGAUAGUCCAGAUGGCUGGUUUCUCCUCCAACAGGCUGGCCUUGCUCCUCUCCCUGAUCGUCGCGGCCAUGAACGCCGCCGGAACCAUCGUCGGGAUCUACCUAAUCGACCGUUGCGGCCGCCGCCGUCUGGCCCUCACAAGCUUGGCCGGGGUCGUGGUCUCCCUGGCCAUCCUCGCCACGGCCUUCAUACUGCAGUCAUCAUCCGGCCUCUGCAUGAGCGCCGCCAGCGGCACGUGCCAGGGCGCGCUAGGCUGGUUCGCGGUGGCCGGCCUCGCUCUGUACAUCGCCUUCUUCUCCCCGGGCAUGGGGCCCGUGCCGUGGGCCGUGAACUCGGAGAUCUACCCCGAGGCGUACCGUGGGACGUGCGGCGGCAUGUCGGCCACCGUGAACUGGGUCUCUAACCUCGUCGUGGCACAGACGUUCCUGUCGAUCGUGGGGCUGGUCGGGACCGGCCCGACGUUCCUGAUCGUCGCCGGGAUCGCGGUGCUGGCCUUCGUCUUCGUGGCCACGUACGUGCCGGAGACGAAGGGCCUGACUUUUGAGCAGGUGGAGCAGAUGUGGAGGGAGAGAGCGUGGGGGAACAGCGGCGGCAACUGCGAGAGCCUUUUGGCGGGUACUGCUGCUGCGCCGUAGGCUACCCGUUGCCAGCACUGGUCAAGCGCGUCAGUUUUAGUAUGGCCGCUCUGGGCUUGAUCGGCUCCGUCCUGGCAUUAGUUGGAAGAAAGUAAAAACAGAUUGGAGAUGCAGAUGCAAACUGUUGUAUGUGGUGGUGCUUAUAUUGCUAUCCUGUUGCCUGAUUGUACGUGUUGUCGUCGUGGCAAAUGUUCAGUGGGUGUAAAAUAUGAGGUCGUACCGUGACGUCAAACUAA